ACUUUCCUGACUGUUCCAGUUUAAUCUUGCUCUAUUUUUUUCACUCAUUCCUGUUACAUGUUCAGGUUACUCCGUUGAGUUUGAACGUAUUAGGGCGGCAUCAGGUCAUUGAAUCGCUCAUCAUCAUCAUUCACAUCAUCAUCUUGCUCAUCCCUCUUUUAAGUGAGUGAGUCUCAAAAUUUAUCCAUCUCUUCACCAUCAAUCCCAGUUUACAAUUCAGUAUUGACUUGGCUGGCUCAAGAAGCAAGUUGAGUUUAACCUUUUUUUUGUGCCUUUUAAUUGUUUCAAAUAUAAAUCACUGUGAUCAACUUAAUUUUAAAUCAAUAUGCAAUUCCAUAGUUUCACAUUAACCAUCCUGGUUUUCCUGGUUCCUCUAGUUUGGGGUCAACCUAGAGCAGGUCAAACAGCUCAACAACUUUGUCGUAAUAAUCCAAAAGGAGGAACUCUUUUCCCUCACGAAGAUUAUUGUGAUUACUAUUAUGAAUGUGACUCAGCAACUGGUGAUGCUGUCCUCCAAGCCUGUCCAAAUGGUCUUGCUUUCGCUGGUUCAAAGAGAGGUUUAAUCCAAAACUGUGAUUAUCCUCACCGAAUUGGAUGUCCUGAUGGAACCCGAGUUAUGGGACAACAACCAGCUUCAACUGAAAACUGCCAUUGGCAAUAUGGUGUUUUCCCUCAUGCAACAUCAUGCACUCGAUACUGGCACUGUUGGAACGGAACCUCAACCAUCCAACAAUGUCCAUUCUCACUUCUCUACAAUGAUGCUAUCCACGCCUGUGAUUGGCCUGAUAAUGUUCCUGAUUGUCAAAAACACCCAAUCUGUAAGGAUGUGCCAAAUGGUCCAGUCCCAAUAGAGAAGAGCUGUGUUCGAUACUGGCUUUGCGUUGGUGGUUACCCACGACUUCAACGUUGUCCUGCUGGACUUGCAGUCAACCCAACCACAUUAAGAUGUGAAUUAGCUUCAACAGUUCCUGGAUGUGAACCACCGCCAACCACACCUCAACCUGAUGAAGAAGAAGAAGGUCCAGCUCCAGCAUCAAAUUCUGGUAACUCAGGAAACUCAAAUCCUGCACCAAGACAACCACAAGGUCCACUUCCACCACAAUUCAGACCAAGUCAAUCAGGAGUUAGACAAGUUGGUUAAUAACUUGUA